CCCUGGCAGCAGAGGCAGCUGUCCAUGUCCACUGUCAGCCCCAGGACCACCAACUCACAGCCACAAACUGGACUCCUACCCGGAAGGGGGGCACCCACCAGUACUGCCUGGAUCUCUUGGGCUGCAAGGAGCAGGAAGGAAUAGUUGCCAGCCCCAGGGUUCCCAGUGCCGAUUCCGACACUGUGAAGAAGCCCUUGGCAGUGACACUGUGUGCUCAUUAUGGAGAGAGGGAAAAUGUUUAGAUCCACUUUGCAGAUUUAGACACAUGGAAAUGCAGCAAAACUGCAGCAUUUCAUGCUUCUGGGAAACUCAGCCUCUUGGUUGUGUGAAGAUCAGUUGUGUGUUUUAUCAUAGCAAACCCCGUAAUAUCAAUGGACUUUUUUUGCCACCAAGUAGCAAUGUCACACUACAAAAAGAAACCCAGGAAGGAAUUCUGCCCCCUACCCAGAGUCAAGAACCUCUGAAACCUCAGGAGAAUAUUUCAAGACCCAUUCAUCCUCCACUGGUCAUAACUAUUAAUUUUGAAGAAGAAGAGGAAGAAGAAGAGGAAGACGAAGACAACAAGGAGAACAAUGCUUCUAGUUUGUGGACAAGGACUCCAGAGGAAAUCGAGGAAGAAAGGGUGAUAAAGGAAAUGUGCCAUAAGUCUGGUGAAUACUACCGAUUUCACACUCCUCCAGAUAUUUCAGCAAAAAGCAUAACUUCAGCAGUGGAAAAGUUAGCAAAACCCUUGGAAAAUGGCAGUGAAUUGCAAGAAGGGGAUGGCCUUGCAGUUCCGACGAAGUUCAAUGUAUUUGAAAGACAAGGUGAGAUAAAAGCAUCAUUGCAUGGAGAACCAAGAACCGACCUUGCUGCUUUUGAAAAUGGAGGGGGUGACUGUUAUGUACCGCAAAGGAUCAUAUUUCUCGGAGUAGAUGAAAGUGAAGCUUUAACUGAAGAGAAUGAAUUCAUCAUGUCAAAAAGUUUAAACAGUGGUAAAGACAUCAAGGACAAUCUUCAUCCAAAGCAUCCUGUAACUACAAGACCAGUACCUACAACACACGUGUUAAAUGCUACUGAGAAUAUCAACACAAAAUGCAAAGAGGAUCCCUCUUCAAUGAAUGAUGCUCAGUCGGUGAGGAAACCUAACUUUAAAGGGGUGAAAAAAAAGAAAUGGAUUUAUGAGGAACCAAAGAACCCCCCAGGCACAGGGACAAGGAAAGCAGCACAGGCUCCAAACCCCAAAAAUAAAAUGAGCUACCAACGAAAUGAUAAAAACAGGAAUGUGGAGAAUACAUCCUAUGUUCACGUUCAAAGAGAAACUGUAAGGAGUGUUUCAUUGAAUUCACCAGCACGUAGCAGGCCAACAAAUGGGACUUAUACCAAAGUCAGUGUUAACAAGGACCCCAAACUCAACCUGUGUCCAGACAAAUAUACCACAACAUCCUAUAAUGCUUCAACAUGGAGAAAAAGGAUUCCUUUUUCAAAAACUGAAAAGAUAUAUUCAGAGCCAAGACGAAAUGGAAGCAAGUAAAACAGGAGGUUGAGAGAAGAAAAGGAGAAAAGAGAAAAGUGCUGGACAUCCUAUGACUUACAAUCAAAAAUGAUAAAAAUGCAAAUUCAAAGAAUGAGAUAUUCAAGUACUUCAUACUAUAUACUGGAUAGCCAAAGAUGAUAAAAUUCAAAUUCUGUACUGUUUCAAAAAUGAUAAAAAUGCAAAUUACAAACAGAUAAGCUGCAUGUGUAUUUAUACAGAUUUCAAAAUUGGGCCCUCAGAGGUGACAUCUGAUGAAGUUAAAAACUAAUUGAAUGAAGGUCUCAGGGCUACAGUUUGACUGUGAUGGGUUAUUUCAGAUGAAUUCCAAUGUAAACACCAGACUUUGACGUGUUCUAGACAGAGGCAAAGGUUUGUUAAAUAUACAGGACAUUUGUACAAUGUAUUAUAAUGGGUGCCCCUGGUGCAGAGUCAAUGAGGAGUGUCACCUUCAAAACUGGAUAGAAUUAAUUGAGAUGAAAAUUCCAUAUAAUGGAAAUGAAAAUAGAAGUUAUUCAAAAUGGGACAAACCUGAGAAGAAACCUGGAAUCUAGGGGAAUUAAUAUUUCUAUUUGCAUCCAUCUCUGGUUAUUGUUCAGUUUUUAUUGGGGGAAAUCAGGGUUUUUUAGGUUUUUGGUUUUUUUUUACUCUUUUGUAAGGAUGUGAUUCCAGUUUUUGUGGAAGAGACAGGGCCUGCCAUCUGUGGAUUUUUAGUGGCAUACUGUCUAAAGCACUCACCAAAACCUGGGGAGAGUCAAUUGUUUAAAAAGCAGAAUUGAAUGGGAUUAAGAAUUGAGUCAAUGGGACCAGCGUGUGAUGCUUUAAGCCUGUGAAGGGGAAUCAGGUGACAAGCUGUUCACUGGGCAGUUGAUGAGAUGACGUAUAUCCCCGUUUAAUAAACGGCUCUGCGCUUCUGUAACUUCAACUAGCGAUGAAGUAGGAAGUAUUCCGAGAUAAAAGGUCCUCCUCUAAAUGUGGUACAGCCCCAACAUGUAUGUUUGCUUUGUGAAUGAAUGAAUCUAUACUCUUCAGCCCAAUGCUGAAGAGUAGACGAGGUAUGAGAGAGAACCUCUCAGAAAGGCUUGGCCAUAAUCAUUCUGAGUAUUUACUUGUAUUGUUCCUGAAUAAGAGGAAAUUGUGAUGGUACUAAG